AUGUCGGAAAACCACCCAGGAUUCUUUGAAGAUCCCAAUGAGGUCAGUGGCCAUAUGGCUGCUGAAAUUAGCAAGGCUCUUCUCCGUGAGGCCAGGCUGAGGGACACUCUUGACUCAGUUGAGGUUAAUGUGGCAGCUGAAAAAACAGCAUGGGCGCAGCGGCAGCUACACGCUGAUUCAAGGGCAAAAGCAGCAAGGCCAGUGCUGCUCGAUGCUAAACUGUCCGCUGAAAGAGACUUCUACCAAAAAUGUCACAGGUGCGGUGUCGGAGAGGCAGUAAUUAGGUGCCUGGAUUGUGUGCCACUGGACAUGGAGUUUCUAUGUGGAGGAUGCGACAUGGAGGCUCACAAAAAGAAUGUGUUCCAUGGCAGGGAGGCACUAUUCCAUGGCUACCUGGAGCCUAUUCCCCCCACAAAGGCUGUGGUGAUGGGUGAAAACGGCCAGCCUCACUUUUGUGAGCAGGUAUGUCAGUUGCCAUUGCCCGCACAUAGGGCACUAUGUGAGUGCACCCAUGAGAUUGAGGUCACCUCUGGCAAGCAUAUUUCUGUGGUCACCAUGAAUGGACGAUAUGAUGUCUGUUUGCCCCGUAAAGUUUGUCCUACCUGCCUUGUGGAAUGGACCCCAGGGGUGAAAGAGCUCCUCAGGUACCGUUACUGGCCAAGCACAACAAACUGCCAGACACUAUAUAGUUUUGAUGUCUUUGAAGCUUUUGCUCACAUCAAAGUAUCGGCUCCUUCGAUGUCAAGGCAUGCCUUUUUAAAGCUACUGGAGCACCGUUCUGUUCAGGCUGGAAGGGCAGAUAACAGUGGAACAUGUGGCGUUUCAAGGUUCAGGGCGAGUAAGGAGAGGUCAAAAAAAUCAUCGUCCAAAAUAGAUGAAGAGGGGAUACAAGUGGCAGUCUGCAGACACGGGAUAUUGCUGCGAGGACUGAACCACUACCGUGGCGAGGUCUUCGCCUACCCAAUGUUUUUACAGAGGGAAUUGUCAGAGAGGGCCAAUGUCACUUUCUUCUGCAUGGAUGUUGUCUGCAGGUACUGGCCAUACCUAAGCAAAGUGACUGAAGAAUCAUCAGAUCUUCAACCGCUGAUGGAAAUGAGGCCAUUUCUCAGUGUGAUGCAUGCCAAAGCUCAUACAGCAAAAUGCGAGGUGAGAUGGGGCGGCAGGAAUCAGGAUGAAGCAGGGAACACUGUUGGAGAGGAAGUUGAGCAAGUAAACAGCUUUCUCUCCAGGGCAGCUCUUGUCACAAAGUACAUGACAAAGGCAGGGAGAGAGAAUAUGCUCACUCAACAGGCCAUGGGGUGGAACAGAAAAAAGACAGAGAACCUUCACAAAGUCUUGGCCCGCAGAUACAUCAAAAUCUCCGAGAGGGCAAAGCUGGAAGCUGCUAGCUUCGGUGAUUUCUGCCAGAAGAAUGACAUCACUGAACAAACAGCACAGCAGUGGGUGGGUGAUGUUCAGCAGUGGGCAGUCACAGAGCCAGUUAGCACAACAGAACAGGGAGCAACAGAGGAUCUCAGGGCUGAGAUAGAGAGCAUCAUAGUGGCCCUGCUACGCAAGAAGCAUGACCUCUAUCGUCAGAAUGAUAGCAAUCAAACAAGACAAAGAAAAAGAAGAAAAAUAAGAGAAUUAAAAAAAAAACUGAAACAAAAGAUCCUGCUGUACAAUGCAAUUGCAGAGGAUACAAUUGACGAGGAGUUGGCCUCCAAUUUGACAGAGGACUACAUCCUGCCUUGGGAGAGACGUGAGGAUGGUCACUCCUUCAGGUUAAAACGGUCUCUUUUUGACCAAAUGAUGCUAGUUAGACGCCUUGAGGAGGAGCAGAGUAUCCUGGUGAAGGAAAUGUCUCAGCACAUCACGUCUCUUGGUAAGGAGAUAAAGGGAGUGGAGAAGCUGAAAGAGAACAUCAGAAUGGGCUAUUUUGGUGACAUGUCAGAGGAUGCUGCAGCUGGUUUCAAAAGUGUCCUCAUGCGGAGGUCCUCUGCACUGGAGAGUUUAUGCCAACAAGCUGUGAGCACGUAUAGUGCUAUAGUUGAUGACCUCCAGAUACAGGACACAGAAUGCAGAACGGACACUGAUGACGAAUAUGACUUUAGUAGUCCAGAGUCAGAAGAAGAUUAGAAAGGAGACCACUCUGUUU